CAUUCCCAACUUAUUCCCUUAUAAACGCUGCAACUGCAGCAGAGCAGCGAAGCCAAAGCAUUUGAUCCCUCAUAUUUGGCUUGUUUUCGAGAAUCGACCCUUUAAAUUUUCGAGAUAUUUCAAUUUAGUCCAAAAAUGCUUUUAAGGAGCGCUUCGUCACCGAUGCUCAAUUCAUGGGCUCCGCACUCUAAGGAGCCAUCGCCGCCGCCGGAGCACGAGUUUCCUUACCAUAUUUCCCGAACCCGAACCGUUUCGUUCACUGUUUCCUGUUCCGUUGGAUCGAACGACGAUUUGACUCGGAAGAUGAAGAGGGCAGUAUCGGAGACGGAUCUGAGGGACCUGGUAGUUCCGAUGAUGAAAGCCGGUAAUAAAGGUUGUGGAAUUUUGAACGGGAUUUGUGUUGAGGAAGAAGAGGAGGUGGAGAAAGAGGAAGCUGGAUUUGAGUGGUUGAGAGCGGCGUCUCUUGGGGUUGAGGAAGAAUGUGCGAUAGGCAGCGGCGGAGGAAAGAUCUGUGGUGGCGGUAGAGGAGGCAGCGGUGGUGGAUCCGACGGUGGUGAUAACGAAUGGGGUUAUUGGGAUCCGAAUAACGGGAAUGACAUCACCGAUUCUUAUUAUCAGAAAAUGAUCCAAGCUAAUCCUGGGAAUUCUCUUCUCCUCGGCAAUUACGCUAGAUUCUUGAAAGAGGUUUGUGGGGAUUUGGUGAAAGCCGAGGAAUAUUAUGGGAGAGCAAUCUUGGCAAAUCCAAAUGAUGGGAAUGUUCUGUCUUCUUAUGCCGAUUUAAUCUGGCAAACUCACAAAGAUGCCCCGAGAGCUGAAACUUACUUUGAUCGAGCUGUUAAAGCUUCCCCUGAUGACUGUUUUGUGCUAGCAUCAUAUGCACGAUUUCUAUGGGAUGCCGAGGAAGAAGACGAGGAAGAUGAUAAUAAAGUUGGCAAAAAUUUGAGUUAUGGGUCUGAUCAAAGCUUUUUCCCCGGAGUUCAUCCAACGCCGCCUCCUUUGGCUGCUGCUUCUUAAGCCUCUUUGUGUGGAAUAACUUGUACUUAUCUUUUCUGACCUUUGUUAAUUCUGGUGAUCUUUGGAGGUUUUAUUUAAUUAGGUUUUUCAUUACCAUUGUAGAAAAGAGUGAGAUUAGUAGUUAAUUGAGAGCUGUGUUUUGCUUUUUUCCA